GAAACAUGCGUUUUCUCACGUUCUUGCCAUUUUUUCAUCACUUCUCUUCAUCCAACUGUGAACGAAGUUGUGUGAAAAUCCUUUGCUCCGCAGAAUUCGUGCUUGUUCCUGCCACAUUUUACAUACCGCGUCUACCGUUCGUAGUGUGAGGUCUAGAUAAUUGAAGACGUUGAAUUGCCCCCAAAACAGCUCCAUCAGCACCGGAUCAACCGUCGAGACGUUAGCUGCUGCUGGUGUAGCCCUAACGUGUUAGCCUGCACAGUCGGAAGUAGUACAGUUGUGCCAAUUGAUUACCAACAGAAAGGAUCGCCUGGAGCGGCGGCUAGCGUUUUAUAUGAAUUUAGAAAACGUACAAGAAACAUCAGCACUCAAAGGAGCACCGCUAUCUCCCAUAUUACGGAGUUUCAGUGGUACGACGUGCAUGAUUUCGCAUAGUAGUAAAAGUCUUAGGACUUCCAAAUAUUCUAGCAAUAGACAUCGAAAAUUACAGCCGUUCAGAGAAACGUGAAAUUGCCCCUCGAAAAUAGGAUUCUACCAAUUUUAUUUAAAUCAAGAAUAAGCAUCAACCUUAACUAGUUUACUACCGCCGGUACUGUGAAUUGCAUACAUUACGUACAUAUUAUUAAUCGUACGCUAUAAGCGUCGCCCGCCCCCGGCAAGUUGGAAGCCAAGGAAGUAGGAGCCGUGGAAUAAGACGUGGCAAGGUAUAAAAGAUCAGCGUGUGAGGUGUUUGGGAUCGACUGGCAAGGAACGGAAGCAGGCUUUGUGUGUCUGCCAGACGGUGGCCAACGGGUUAAUUUUUGUUCUCGGUCAAGAGAUAAGAGCGAUCUGUUAUCGACCCACGCCAACACCGUACCACAAAUGCUGUUGCUAUCGACCAGUCUACGAGUCGCGAACGCCGAAAUCGUUUUUUCCCAAUACAUCCGUCCGGGUGGUAGAAGAAGUGCCGCCGCAGCUAGUCGCCCAGCGCCGUACAACGACGACGAACCGACCCAAAUGCAUUUGUCUCGUGUGCAGCAGCAGUGCCGCUGGUUUCGCUAAUCGAAAGCAAGCCCAAUGCUGUGUCCUUCCGCCGGCAUUUAGUGCAGCUGACCGUUGAACCUCUGCAAGCCGACCGUUGAAAAUUUGCCUCAAAGCUGGCCGAUUCGGAUUGGUAAAUGCGCUAAAACGACGACGACGAUCCCUUUACUCUGUCCGGUACGUGGUGAGUGGAAGAUACAAACGGAACGUCCUUUUGUUGUGCUUUUCGGAACACCGUUAAGCGUGAAGCAGCAAGGAAUCGGAUCUUUUUCUCGCGACCUUUGCCGGUAAAUUUUUGCUGUGCUCGUAGAAAUCGCUGAGAGCUUCAGUGUCCGGUCAGCAACAUGGCUACCGUUAACGUGAAUCGUAAUGUCACCGACAUCUUCUACCGUUACAAGAUGCCCCGCAUCAACGCAAAGGUAGAAGGUAAGGGCAAUGGCAUCAAGACGGUCAUCGUCAACAUGGCGGAAGUGGCCCGAGCCAUCGGUCGCCCGGCAACCUAUCCGACCAAGUACUUCGGUUGCGAGCUGGGAGCCCAGACGCAGUUUGACUACAAGAACGAACGAUUCAUUGUGAAUGGUUCGCACGAUGCGACGAAGCUGCAGGACCUGCUGGAUGGUUUCAUUCGCAAGUUCGUCCUGUGCCCGGAGUGUGACAAUCCCGAAACCGAUCUGAUCGUGUCGUCAAAGAAGGGAACCAUUGCUCAGGGCUGCAAGGCGUGCGGUUUCCACGGCCCGCUCGAGGUGAACCACAAGGUGAACACGUUCAUAAUCAAGAAUCCGCCGAACGUGAACCCGGCCAGCCAGGGCGCGUCGCUCACCGAGGGCAAACGCAGCAAGCGUGCGAAGAAGGUGGGCGAAAACGGGGAAGAGUCUGCCGGCAAUCUGAACACGACCAAUGGUGGCGCAGAUGAGGCGAACGGUGACGAAUCACCGAACGAAUCGAUGUCGACCUCGGCGAUUACGGCGACUGUGAAAACCCACGAGGAAGAAGACGUCAGCUGGACGGUGGACACGUCGGAAGAAGCGGUACGGGCCCGGAUGCAGGAUCUGACUGAUGGCGCAAAGAACAUGACCGUGUCGGAUGAUUUUGACAAGACGGAAAAGGAACGGAUGGACAUCUUCUACGUGCUGGUGAAGCGCAAGCGAGACGCUGGCGAGUUGGACAACGUGCAGGUACACAAGGAGCUGGUGACCGAGGCGAGUCGGUUGGACAUUCAGUCAAAGGCCACGCUGGUGCUGGCGGAGUUGCUGUUUUCGGCCAAUAUCAUCCAGGAGGUGCGCAAGUACCGCAACCUUUUGCUGCGCUUCACUCACGAGGACAAAAAGGCACAGAAGUACUUUAUCGGCGGUUUGGAGCAGAUCAUCUCGCUGCACGCCGAAGAGCUGAUGCCGAAGGUGCCCGGCAUUCUGAAGCUGUUCUACGACAGUGACGUCCUGGACGAGAAAGUGAUCCUGGACUGGUCGCAGAAAGUGAGCAAGAAGUACGUGUCGAAGGAGAUUGCUGGCCAGAUUCACGAGCGUGCCAAGCCCUUCAUCCAAUGGCUGCAGGAAGCGGAGGAAGAGGAAUCGUCCGAGGAUGAGAACGAUUCGGAUGUGGAGAUCGAGUACGACGACCGCGCUAAGGUUGACUCGUUGCGCAAGGGGCCGGCAAAGCCGGACCCGAAGAAGGCGGCCGCUGCCGCCGUGCAGCAUGACGACGAGGACGGUGAUGAUCUUAACAUUGACGAUAUCUAAGAAGCGCACACCAUUCGUCUCGUUUUUACACGGCCCAUCGUUCGCCUUUUCGUCUUUUGUCCCCGGCACACCAUGUCACUCGAGCAGGCACAAUUUAAGUGUUGUCACUGCUCCGUUAACCCCGAACAAUACCGUUCGGGCGAGGGGAGCAUCUUGCCCUAGAUUGGUCGACAUUUGGCAAAUUCCAUUGUUUUGUUUUUUCCUUUGCAAAACAACAAAAUUGAUUUUUUUCAACAAUCCGCAUCCAUUGCGCACCGUAUACUACACAGCUUCUGUAUUGUGCUUAUAUAUCAACCAUUUUGCACGCACCCCCCACACGGUUUGAAUUUUGUUUACUCCCAGUAUCAUCUGCAUUAAACUAAAACCCCUAGAACGGUUCACAUUGGCAAGAAAAAAGGGCAAAUUUAGCUUUCUUCGCAUCAAAACGUUUUCGAAGAACAUCCACACGGAGGUUCUGUGGCUGGUGGCCAGUCUAAGUGCGGCUUACAUCGCCGCACCCUACCGGGCAAUACCUUUUGUUCUGCAUCGUCUUCUACUUCCUAUGUUAGAUACAAUAAUAAACCAAUAAGCAAGAAAAACCAAUAAACAUUAU